AUGAGCGGUCUUGCCGUAGAAGCAGUGCCCCACGCCCCCACUCGACUCCACUCUGCUUUCCUGCGCAAAGACAGAGGAGAGAGAGGAGAGAAAAGGGGGGGGAGAGAGAGAGGGGGGAGAAGGCGCAGGAGGAGCGGGACACCCGAGCCACUCUUAAAUACGGACGCUUCUUUUACGCACGAGAUUUGAAGAAACUAGAAAACCGACAGGUGGAGCAGAGCCUCGUAUUAAGAAUUAAGAACAACUUUGUCGUUUUACUCCAUAGUUUAGACACGAUGCUCUUCGUCCUCCUCACUGCGUCCCUGUGUUGCCAGGUCGUGCUGGGCGGCUACGGCGGGAUGUUCGCGGCUCAGACGUCCCCCCCGGACCCCUGCUACGAUGAACACGGCAACCCUCGGCGCUGCAUCCCUGACUUUGUCAACGCGGCAUUUGGCAAAGAAGUCAAAGUGUCCAGCACAUGCGGAAAAACUCCAAGCCGCUAUUGUGUAGUGACUUCAGUUGAGAAGGGAGCCGAGAGGACUAGAAACUGCCACACGUGCGAUGCAUCUGAUCCGAAAAAGUAUCAUCCUCCUGCUUAUCUGACCGACCUGAACAACCCGCACAACCUCACCUGCUGGCAGUCCGAGAGCUUCAAGCAGUAUCCACAGAACGUCACUCUCACGCUGUCACUGGGCAAAAAGUUUGAGGUGACGUACGUGAGUCUUCAGUUCUGCUCGCCUCGACCCGAAUCUAUGGUUAUCUACAAAUCUAUGGACUACGGAAAAACGUGGGUACCAUUUCAGUUUUACUCCACUCAGUGCAGGAAAAUGUACAACAAACCAAACAGGGCCGCGAUAACGAAGCAGAACGAGCAAGAGGCGGUGUGCACAGACUCCCACACGGACAUGUACCCGCUCACCGGAGGCCUCAUCGCCUUCAGCACGCUGGACGGGAGACCGUCUGCGCACGACUUCGACAACUCUCCGGUGUUGCAGGACUGGGUCACGGCCACGGACAUUAAAGUCAUCUUCAGCAGGCUGCACACUUUUGGGGAUGAGAACGAGGACGACUCGGAGCUGGCACGGGACUCGUACUUCUACGCAGUGUCGGACCUGCAGGUGGGCGGGAGGUGCAAGUGCAAUGGACACGCGUCCCGCUGCAUCAAAGACCGGGACGGUAACCAGGUGUGCGACUGCAAGCACAACACCGCGGGGCCCGAGUGCGACAGGUGCAAGCCCUUCCACUAUGACAGGCCGUGGCAGCGGGCCACAGCCAGGGAGGCCAACGAGUGCGUCGCGUGUAACUGUAACCUGCACGCGCGGAGAUGUCGAUUCAACAUGGAGCUGUACAAACUGUCGGGGAGGAAGAGCGGAGGAGUCUGCCUCAACUGUCGCCACAACACGGCCGGGCGCCACUGCCACUACUGUAAAGAGGGAUACUACAGAGAUCUGUCCAAGCCCAUCUCCCACCGGAAAGCCUGCAAAGCGUGUGAUUGCCAUCCCGUGGGUGCUGCUGGCAAAACGUGUAACCAAACCACAGGCCAGUGUCCUUGUAAAGACGGCGUCACUGGUAUCACGUGCAACCGCUGUGCUAAAGGCUACCAGCAGAGCCGCUCGCCCAUUGCCCCCUGCAUAAAAAUUCCAAUUGCACCCCCAACUACGGCUUCCAUCAGCCCGGAGGAACCAUCUGACUGUGAGUCAUACUGUAAAGCCUCAAAAGGGAAGUUGAAAAUCAACAUGAAGAAGUACUGCAAAAAGGACUAUGCGGUCCAAGUGCACAUCCUGAAGGCGGACAAGGCGGGUGAGUGGUGGAAGUUCACCGUCAACAUCAUCUCGGUGUACAAACAGGGAGAGAGCCGUAUCCGCCGCGGAGACCAGUUUCUGUGGGUGCGAGCCAAAGACGUGGCCUGUAAAUGCCCCAAAAUCAAACCAGGAAAGAAGUACCUGCUCCUUGGCAACGAUGAGGACUCUCCCGGACAGAGCGGGGUGGUGGCUGACAAGGGCAGUCUGGUGAUUCAAUGGAGAGACACUUGGGCUCGCAGGCUCCGGAAGUUCCAGCAGAGGGAGAAGAAAGGCAAAUGCAAGAAGCCCUGAGCUACAAUGAGCAGAUCAGAGAAGUGAAAAAAGUGAGAGACACGGGACUACAGAGAACAGACUGUUUUUGUCGCUGCUUUUUGUGUAGAAGCAUGAAGAGAAAUAUUUAGGAUGAUUUUUUUUGUUAUUAGUGAAUUUUUGUUGAAGGAGCUCUCCCUGCAGGUUUGGUUGUAUGGUUUUGUUGUGCGUUGCCUCUCGUGGAUUUGCCGAAUUUGCACCCAUUACCACUAUAUACAGAUAGAUGUUUCUCUUUAUCUUAAGUGUGGAUUGAAUUACCAGUCAGAACUCACUUCUGGAUAUUUUUGGACAGUUGGCGGUGCAAAAUCAAGAGUCACUUAUCUGUUACCACUGCCUCUGCAUGGUUAUGUGCAUUUCAUUGUAUUUAUCAAAUAUUCUGUGUCCACAAAGUUGUGGGUGUUUGGGCGUCAUACAAACCAGCUCCAUGGUGUAUCAGGAUCUUACCAAUCUACCACUCACAUACCUGGUGUUAACUAAAGUACUGGUUUACUUUUUUAAGUAUUAUGACAUUAUUAAAUGUUAUAAAAUGUUAUUUUUAUAGAUCAAACAGUUUUCAGGUGCUAUCAAAUGUUGACUUAUAAAAUGUACACAAAAAGAGUCAUAAUCAUUUCCCUUAGAAUUUAUUUUUCUUUGAAAAGCAAAAUUACAACACAGCAUUAAUAGUGCAAAUUGCAUUUUAUAUUAAAAGAUUGACAACGUAUGUGUGUUUUAAAGGUACAUUGCGUAACUUUUCUAGUGGAGGGUCUGCCAUGUGCUUAAAUUUCUGGAGAUGUUAUUGCUUUGUCUAGAAUGUUCCACAAUAUAAAUAAAACCUAUGUACUAGGCUACAUUACAGGUCAGAUGGACAGGCAGCCCUAUUCACAGAGUGAUUUACUGUAUUUUUGAGCAAUAGAAACACCCCUAAUGAAUAAAUGCUAGAUAGAUGUGUUUAAUGUCAUACCAUGGAACAUUUUAAGCAAAGCUAUAACUUUUCUGUGGAGACGAGCAGGUGAUAGACCCUCUACCAGAAAAGUUGCACAGUGCAUCUUUAAAAGUUUUUUUUGAACCAGAACAGCAGAUGGUUGUAAAGCUCUGAUGAUAUUUUGCGGCCACUUUUGAACAUUUUCCCAAGUUGAUGAAUAUCUGAUUCACUGAUCAAUACCGAGCAUUUCUCUACAUCAGGAACGUAUAAUAAUAAAAAUAGCUACAGCAAUGAUUUUCAGUCUUCCACUGCUCCAUUUCACUAGAAAAACUAAAAGAGAUCAGUCAGAUUUUGUGCAGCGCCAUCUUCACAUGCAAGUGUUCAGAGCUGAUUUAGAAUAAUAGGCCUUUAUCAGAAUACGUGUAAUUGCACCUUCCCAUUCAGCUACAGAGAAUAAACUAAACAAAUUGAGUUAUAUAGGUUUGGGUCAGUGGUGCGGCUGGAUCACGCUUUAUUCAAACCACAUUGUCCAGUUGUUUGUUUGCAGUUCAGUUUUGGCACUUGUGCAUUUCUCAGAAGAAUGCAUGAUAAUAACAGCACUCAGGUUCUAUAAACUCAAUCUAAUGUAUCAUAAAAUUGGAGUUAUCUCAGUCCAAACACUAUCAGAAAACUUUUGAUGUUUCUGGUAUGUGCUGUGUGCAAACUGCAUUUAGCACCUUUUAAACUGUUAAACUGCACACACAUCUAUAAAAGGGCCUUUCGCUUCACUUUUAAACACACGUGGGUUUAAUUCACAGGGUUUUCUUCUUGCCCUUGUUACAAAAUGGUAAUAACAAAAAACCCUUAGUAAUUUGUCCAAGACUUUUGUGAAUGGGAUGAAAAUCACGUUCACCUGGAUUCAAUUGAAACUACAAAGAACAGAUGAGCUCGUGAGUAAAGCAUUUCGCAGUAUUUAUGCAGAGGUUUUGGAGAGGUUUUCCCUGUACAAUCAAUCAAAUCAGUGUUAUGAGACAGGACAUAGUAUACGGGCAACUUCUGCUACUUCAGUGACAUACAGUAUUUUACUUUACUUGGAAUAGAAGCAUAUUUUUGGCACAUUUCACCUGUAAUCCCACCUCUUGUCAGUAACUUGUGUUGUAAGUUUUGAAACUUUAAAAGGUGCACGGUGUACAUUUUCUGGUGGAAGGUCGUCUGCUCGUCUCCAUGGAUAUGCUAUUACUGAAAUAUCCCAUAGUAUGGCAUUAAACAUCUGUGACUGCUCUCAGUAAGAAUGCAUGUUUUUCCAGAUAAUAAAAUCCACUGUAACUGAAUAAAUGGAAGUAAUAUAUGUUUAAUGCAAUACUGUGGAACAUUUAGGCAAAGCAAUUACAUCUCCAUGGAUUCAAGCAGGAGACAGAGCCUCCCCUCAAAAAGUUACACAGUGCACCUUUAAAGCAGUGGCCCCACUCUGCCAUUGCCUUCUGUUCAUACUAUGAAUUGUAAAUGUUGUUUAGCUGUUACCGUUGCAGACUUUUUGCAAUGUUGUUUUACAUUGUGUACUAAUAUAUUAUGGUUAUUAUAUAUGAAUAUAUUUAAUGACACAAGACAUUGUGAAUUUUUGUUUUUUUCCCAACUUUAAUUGUUUGUGGUAUGUUUAGAUCUUUGCAAUAAAGAAGGAAAUAAUAACUACUGAACGCACCAAUCUGGUAGAAUUUAAG